CCCCUAAAGUACGCCAUGUUACAGUCCCUUUUGUACGUUAGGAAACAAAAAUACAACACCUUGGAGACUUAGAGACUUGGAGUCGUCGGUCUUGACUCAAGAGAGACGACAUAAUAUAACAAACACAAUAAUGGGGCAUGGAGUCUUUGCCUAACAACAGCCACUCUACACUUAUCUUCAGCAAAGAUCACGGCUAUAAAAGGACCAACCAGUUUCAUUUAUAAUUGAGUAACAAUCUCAUUACUUGUUGUAUGUGUGUGUGAGAGAGAGAGGGUGAAAUGAAGAACUUCUUGAAUGUGGUGAUACUUAUCUUUUGUGUAUGUCUCAAUUGGUGUUAUAAUACCGAAGGAGGAGCUGAGGAAAAAGAGGGUGUAAAGGUUGAUUCUUACACAAUUCAAGCCAGCUCUCUAUUUCCUUCUUCAUCAUCUUGUGUUCUUUCUUCAAAAGCAGCUUCUAAUACCAAGUCGUCGCUUCGUGUGGUGCACCUGCACGGCCCGUGCUCGCAUCUUAGGAGCAACAAAGAUGCGAGACUCGACCAUGACGAAAUCCUCAGAGGCGAUCAAGCACGCGUAGAAUCCAUUCGCUUCAAAUUGUCCAAGAACAACUCAAACGGAUCAGUCAGCACAACCAAGUCAACCGAGCUACCUGGUAAACUCGGAAGCACAUUUGGUUCAGCAAACUACAUCGUAACAAUCGGAAUCGGUACACCGAAGAACGACGUAUCGCUAAUCUUUGACACCGGAAGCGAUUUGACGUGGACGCAAUGCAAGCCAUGUCUUGGGACAUAUAGGUGCUAUACACAAAAUGAACCAAUCUUUGACCCUUCUUCAUCUUCUUCUUACCAAAACGUACCGUGUUCAUCUCCAAUGUGCGAAAACGGUCCUCAAAGCUGUUCUGCUUCUAACUGCCUAUACCGAGUCAAGUACGGCGAUAAUUCGUUUACCGAAGGAUUCCUAGCCAAGGAAAGAUUUACCCUAACGAACUCUGAUGUCUUGGAUGAUGUUUACUUUGGUUGUGGUGAAAACAACCAUGGGCUUUUCUUCCGUACCGCUGGGAUUCUUGGCCUUGGCCGCGACAAACUCUCUAUUCCAUCGCAGACAUCAUCGACCUACAACAAUAUCUUUUCAUACUGCCUACCUUCUUCCGCAAGUAACACUGGCCAUCUUACCUUUGGCUCCGAUGGCAUCUCUGAAUCCGUUAAAUUCACCCAGGUUUCUUCCUUUCCAAGCCCAUCCAACUAUGGUAUCGAUAUCGUAGGUAUCAGUGUUGGCGACACGAAACUAGAUAUUACUCCAACCUCAUUCUCGGAGAAAGGUGCUAUAAUAGACUCUGGUACCGUGGUUUCUCGCCUUCCUACUAGGAUCUACGAGGAACUGCGGACCGUCUUUAAAGAAAAGAUGUCCAGUUACAAGGCUACGUCUGGAUACGAGAUUUUUGAUACAUGCUACGAUUUCACUGGCGUGGAUACAAUGACAAUACCCAAGAUUGCAUUCUCCUUUGGUGGUGGCACUGUUGUAGAACUUGAUGUGAAUGGGAUGCUUUAUCCGUUAUCCAUGUCACAGGUUUGUUUGGCGUUUGCAGGGGAUGAUGAUUCUCCUGCAAUCUUUGGAAACGUUCAGCAGAAGACGAUGGAGAUUGUGUACGACGUGGCUGGUGGACGAGUCGGGUUUGCUCCCCAUGGUUGUAGCUAAUGAUGAUAAAAAUGAGAGAGAGUGUGUUAUGUAAUUUAAGGGUUUGGCACAUCAAAUAAUAUGUAUGUCUCAAAUAAUUACCCCAAAAAUUAAGUGUAUCCAUGCUGUAGUUGCUUUCUAUUGUAUUAUUCAUAACUUUAUAAUUAUGCGGGUUACAUUAAGAAAUAAAUAUAAAC